UGAACCCGCUGAACUUGGAAUAAGCUGAACGAGUGUUGGGCUUUCGUUGAAUAAAAGUCGGUCGUUGCGGUUUUGCAGGCGAAUCUAAUUACGACAUGAACAGAUACACGUGAUCAAUUAUUGUUUUUAUAGCAGAGAGUCAACGUUAGCAAAGUUCCUCGAAAUCCACACAUUGUUGCUUUGUUGAUUUCUGUUAUUAGUUAGUAUAUAAAUCGAACAAAUAAGACAAAUUGUUUGAAUCUGGCAUUUUAGGAGAUGUAUUUUUGAGCUGUGACUUGCUUCCUUGAGUCUUUGGGCUAAGCUACCGCCUGGCUCCUCCAGCUUUGCUAAACAAAAGCCGAUAUAAAUCAACAAAUGUGAUGAAUUCAAAGUAUAUCAUAUGAAACACAAUUAUAAUUUCAUGUACAAAUAUAUAAUUUGUACAUGUGUGUGUUUAUUUAUUCCUCCUUUGGGCCCUUUUCCACAAGUCUAAAGAAAGACAUGUUUGUACAGCUUCCAAAUAUCCCGAUAAACAAAAUUAUUACCCCGCUGGGACAGCUUAAACGUUGUAAACCUUUUGGAGGAUUGAGAAAAUAUGCAUCAGAAGGACACAAACCCGGUUUCCCUUGAAGACCACGAACCUCAGACCCGUCUGGGGGCCCCUGUGGAGGGUGUGAAACCUGCUGACGUUACCCAGGAAUGUCCUCAUCGUUCUCCAGGCCUCCCCAUCCUCCUUCCAGUCAUGGGCGUGGACAGCAGUCCCGGCAGUGGGUGGUGGAGGGGGGGCGAGGGUGAAGGGGUUAAAGGACACUACUGCCCCGUCAACAGUGAGACCACCACGCAGCAGUGUGCACUUCCCCUUUAAAGCCUCUGAGAGUCUGCGGGCUGCUGAGUCUCCCUGCAGUUUGCACUGAGGCUGCUGUGGUGACUUGACUGGAAGGAUUCUUAAACAAAGAAGAAGAAGAAGCUACUGUGGUGUGUGUGUGUCUGUGUGUGUGGGAACCGGCGUCUGUGUGCGAUGCACAGGGAACCGAGUGGAGGUCAUCGGGAUACGAAGCGGCUUCACUUUGCCAAAGAAUACUGGACUGCUCAUCCCCAGAAAAGAGGUGAAAGCUCUUGGGAACCGUGCCUUGACCCGAGCGCGGGUUUCGCACGCCAUGGACGGCAACGACUCCCACGCUCUGCUCUCCGGGGAGCAGCUCAUCUAUGCCAUCACCGUGCCGCUGUCGACCUCCAUCAUCUUGGCCAACCUCGUCAUCAUCCUGGGCAUAGCCUGGAACCGCCAGCUCCACAACACGCCCAACUACCUCUUCCUCAGCCUCUUGGUGGCGGAUCUGUGCACCGGCGUGGCGCUGCCUUUCAUACCCCUGAUGGGUCUGAACCGCGAGUUGAGCUCGGGCUCCUGCCUGGUGGCUCACUUUUUCCCAAACUUCCUCUUCCUGGCCUUCCUUUUCAACCUGGUGAUGGUGCACUACGAGCGCUACAUUUGCAUCGUCGACCCCUUGCGUUACAGCAACCUGUGGAUGCACCGCAGCUUCCCCCUGGCGAUGCUCGCGGUGUGGGCGCCACCGCUUCUGUACGCCUCCCUACCGGCCUUCGGGUGGAAUAACUGGACGGGGCCCGAUUGGAGCGGCUGCUGUGCCAGCAGCCAAAACGCGACGGCCCCUCCGGGCUGUUUGCCGAACAGAACCACGUGCUGCUCGUACAGGCGAGUGUUCCCCAACGCGUUCAUCUACUUGGAGGUGUACGGGCUCGUCCUGCCCGCCAUCCUGGCCAUCGCUGGCAUGACCGGCCGCGUCUUGUGGAUCACCCGAGGCCAGCUGAAGGACAUUUGUCGCCUCCACCGCUCGCUGGAGCGGGGGGGUCAGGCCUCGGACCGCGAGCACAGGCUGAACCUGCGCUACGUCCGCUGCGUGGUGGCCGUGUCGAUGACCUUCCUCGCGUGCUGGGUGCCCCAGCUCAUUUACAUGCACGUGUGCAUCGCGUUCCUGAUCAGCGACACCAGGUGGAGCUCCACCACUCACAUCGUGCUCUCGUGCACGGGUAUCGGGAGCAUGGCGGUGGUGCCGCUGGUGCUCGGCCUCGCCAACAGGCAGUACACGGAGCCCGCCUGCACGCUGCUCCAGAAACUCCGAGGCAGAUGGUGCAGGGGGCGGAGGAGGGGGCAGUCGGAGGAAAUAGUGGGGAAUGUUUAGCAAGCCCCUUUCUGAUUGGUGGCCGUUCCAUUUUCACCAAAGGAAAAUAUCCGUAUCGAGAGAUUUAAUCAAAGGAGUAAGUGCUGUUUGAAAUAAGACAAAAUCACCAUUAGAGCAACAUGGUAACAUGCUAAUGUCCUGACAUGAUUGGCAGCAAUGAGUCCUUAAACCGAUUUACGCUUAAGAUAUUUAGUUUAUUUGUUAGGAUUGCUGAAACAAAAGUUUCAAUAACAAGCUUAUUUUCUGCAACAAUCCAGAACUAAAAUGAACAAAAUCCCAUUGGCUUGGAGUUGAGAGACCUGGUGCGAUCCCAACUUCCUGUUUGGCCCACAAAAAUAAAUCUAAUCUAAUAAUAAUCAUUCAGUAAGUUAUCAGCAUGACAGUCAUGGAGUGUGUGUACAGUGUGUGGGUGGAAAAGAGACUUUAAUCCAAUCAAAGAGCAAACAGGGGCCGGCUGUUAUGGGACAUGAGGAGGGAUCGGGCCGUUUGUAUGUGGGCCGAGCCGUGUUCUGGCAUGUUUUCCAGAUCGGAAUAUUGCUCACGUAAGACUCAAAAUGAGGAGGAGGAGGAGGAGGAGGAAAAUGAAGACGUGGGGGGGAACCAAACACACGCGGUGGGCAUGAAGUCUGUCUGGAUUCUUUACAUAUGAGUAACGACUAUUACUACAUCACUCGAGGACUUCCCAUAAUGUCCUUCUUAAAGAGGCUGACUCUUUGUGUGUUUAUGUACAUGAAUAAGAGGGCAGACGUGUUCUUCCUGGCGCUUUAUUUAUUAAUUCUAUUUGAUGGUAGUAUUUAAUAGUAAACUCUGAUGCCCUCUG